AGGCUUCUCCACUCUUCUCCAUAUCAAAACCAAUUUCUCCUCAUUUUCCAUUAAUUAUAAUUACCUUCUCCCCUAAACGAACAAAGAGUAAUUAACAAAUAAUAUGCCUCUUAGGGUCAGACCCUUAUCUCUCCUCUUCCUCAUGCUAAUUGUUUGUUCGUCAUCAUCAGCUAUAGUGAAAGGCUCUAUCCAGCUUGAAGGCGCAAAGAUGCAUGAGAGUUUCAUGCUUUACAAGAGCGAGGAGAUGGAAGUGAAGAAGAUCUCGAGCUACAGGAAGCUGAUGUUCCACUCGACUACGGACUACGACGACGCAGGAGCCAACCCUAAGCACGACCCAAGAAGGAGGCCCGGAGGCAAGCCUUGAAGCAUUCAACACACGAUUCUCUCUCUCGCUCUCUCUAUAUAAAUUAGCCAAUAUAUAAACACAUGCACUGGUCUCUAUAUAUACAAGUGUAUGUAGCCUAUUCUGACAUUUUGUUUGGGGAAGAGAUCGGUGUACAAUACCCUUCGGAAAUGCUUCGUGAAAGGGGCACUAGUUUUCAUCAUAUAGACUACUAAACAUGAAUUAACUAUUAUCAUCUUGUUGAACAAAAAAAAAAACUAUUAUCAUCUUAUUUUAUUGACA